UCUUCUUCUUCUAUAGUUAAAAAAAUGUUUAGGUUUGGAAAUUUCGAGUCUGCUGUAUCUUAAAUCAUUCUAUAGAAGUCUAGGGACACCUGUUUUGUUUUGAUGUUGUGCAGUCAUUGAGAUGAUAUCCACAACCACCAGUCCUGAGAUCAUCGUUCUCUAGACAGACGGAUCAGAGAACGACGGAUUAGUACCGGUGGUUAUGGAUAUCAUCUAGAGAACGACAUUUUUGGAGAGUAUCCCAUAAAAAGGUCACAGAAACUUCAAAAAUUGUGGUUUUAAUUUGUCUGCAUUCAAGAAUGCAACUUACUAGUUUUGAGAAAAGAUUGUGAUUGGAACUAAUAUGAGAGAGGAUAUCUUCAUUGGGAUGACGCAGACGAGUUCAAUCCUGAGAGAUGGCCUCUAGAUGGACCAAACCCAAAAUGAGACAAACCAAAACGUCAGUUACUUGCCGUUUGGUGGAGGGCCGGGGAAAUGCAUAAGCGACACGUUUGCUUCUUUUGAGAAUGUGGUGGUGGCAAUUGCAAUGCUUAUUCGAAGAUUUUACUUUCAGACUGCACCAGGAGCUCCUUCGGUGAAAAUGACUAAUAGGAUACACAACACAGAAGGAUUGAAAUUGAUGGUAACGAAGAGAACAAAACCUCUCGACUAACCAUCUGCUCCUCUAGAUGAGCUUUCCCCUACUCUGUCUUGAGUCCUCAUCUUUGCAAAACUGAAAUAAACAACUAGACAUGCUUAAAGAAGAAGAAGCAAAAAUCUUGUGUUAGAACAAAUGAUGUAGAAUUUGUUGGAACAAGGUCACUGCUUCUGAUUAUUUCUCUGCAUUAUGUUUAUGCAGACAAGUAGAAUGUAAAAAAUUAUUACUCUCUGAACAGAAAUUGUUUUUAUCUGCA